AGACCUCGUUACAUUUGGAUAUCGUUUUGCGUGGGAAGGAAGUUGUAAAUCCAAGUGAAAUUAUACAAUUAUAGAUCUCGUAGCAUUAAAAUCAGCAGGCGAUGCAAACUUUACUUUGCACGAAUUUAAUAAACAAUAAAUAGCAAACGUGUGAAAAUAUCAAUUUUUAUUCAAAUUUCGUGUACUUUUUCAUUGCUGCGCAUGCUCAUAUCGCUAGAAUUUUAUCGGAAUAAAAUGGAGAACGACCGAUUAAGUGGCAAAGAUACUAAGAAGGAUGGGAGUGCCGAAGCUAAGUCUAAAAAAGUUUUAGGCUUGACCACCACGAUAGCUUUGGAUACACUGCAUCGUGACGUUGGACGUGUUUUGCAGGAGUAUGAAGAGGAUUACAGAAGAAACAAGAAGUACAAAGGUUGGCUGAAGGAUACUUUACACCAUCGCAGCCAGUACACGACUCUCUGUUGGACCUCUGCGAUUGCGCUGUUGAUUAACGCCGUUAUUCUCAUAGUUGCGUUCUUUACGCUCAAUGAAACACGGUAUUCUACACUGCCAUACGAAGGACUGAUAGUCUGUUGUUUAGUAGUAUUGAAUUUUAUUUUAGUCAUGCUGGAUAACAAAUUACGACACGAAGAGAUCCCUCGUAGAGUGAAAAUUCUUCUUGACCAACUUAACGUCGCACGUUCUACGUGCAGAUGGAAGUCUGAAAACUAUCCGCAUCUAUGCAGUCCACAGUCCCCUUGCCUAACUCUGCAAUGGACAUAUCGCGAUGGCGAAAUAGUCAACUUGCCGUGGGCGUUAUUGGUGGCUGGUGAUAUAAUCGUGAUGAAACCAGGUCAACAAGCACCCGGAUAUUGCGUGCCGUAUGACGAUCCGGAAGUGCCGGUUUUGCACACUAGAGAAACCUACAGCCCACCCGUACACAGCGCCAACGAGAUCUUCUCUACGCCGCAGGCUCGCAUGCCUCUGAAGAACAAGAUUUACAAGCUUCAGGAGACGCCGUACUUGGUGAAUCUGCGAAUGGCGCUGGAUCAAGCGCUCGAUCGGCCAGUCACCUAUCAUAAUUGCAAGCGUCAUUUACUGAUGAUCUGCUGUAUCGAACAUCUGGCUUAUCCAAUACUUCUGAUCGUUAUUCUCGUAAUCAAUCUGCUCCGUUAUCUGUAUUUGGCGAACUAUUUUGGUAUUGGCCACUGGAGCGAGAUGUUCCUGUUGCAACCGAUUGCCGUGAGUCUUCCGUUGUUGCCAUUGGUGUUCCCCUCUUGCUGGAUAUUCCUCAAUUGCUUCGGCAUGGCUCGCUUUAAGGCAUUGUUCAAGCUCUAUCUCUCAGCGAAAAAACUUCAGUUUAUAGAUCCUUUCGAAGACGCGGACAUCAAUGGUCCCAAUCAUCCGGAUGUAGUGUACAACUGGCUUGAACUUAAGAAAUACUUUUUCGACAUCCUUUUCGGCAAAGAGCACAUGAUGUCGCGAUCUGCGAGUAUCUUGCAUGUUCUAGGUUCUGUGACUGCAUUGUGUUGCGUGGACAAGAAGGGACUUCUCUCAUGGCCUAAUCCCACAGCGGAGAAAGUAUUUUUCCUACGUAACGCGAAUAAUACUUUGUCACCAAGCUCGAGUACUGGCAGCGUGGACAAAACAGCGGAUAAAACCCAGGAGUCCGAAGAAACGAAGAUGAAAUCCAAUAGAACGUCUUAUGUACAACACGAUAUGUCACACUCCGUCGCUGAGGUGUUAGAUCUCACGCACGAUCAUGCUCUGCCAUUCCGGCUGCAAUUUGAUGAUCAUUCAUGGCGACAGCAUCUCAACUCGUUGAAGCCACUCGGCCUGGCAAUUCUUCUCAACACAUGCAACAUGGAUACGCAGGAGCAUUACACGCAGUUCUGUUGCCAUGUAACCUGCGAGGCUCUGUACAACGAAAAUCUGGUCCCAGUUACGAACAGACGAUGUCUGUGUGAACUGGCAAUGCAAAUCGGCUUCCAAGAUCAAGCGCAGAAAAUUUUUCAAUUGGAGCAACAAUUAUGCACAUUCAGACACGUGCAACCAGAAAUGGUCAGACGUGAUAUCAAAUUCGCGCGUUCACUGAGCAUCGCAACAAAAUUGAAGUUUCCGUUCCCUCACAUGGUCGCCGUGGUUGUGAAGGAACGCAGCGGCGGUGGUCUGCAAUUAUUAACGCAAGGAACUGCCGACAUAAUUCUGGACUCGUGCAUCGAAUACUGGGACGGUCACGAUCUCUGUCCUCUUUCCGCAUCGGACAGGAAAAAAGUGCAGGACUUCUAUCAGAGAACGAGCUUGACCUCGUAUUGCACCGCGUUCGCUUAUCGACCAUUAACACGCGCCAUCAGGGAUAAGAUGUCCGAAAUAUAUAUGGAACUUCCCGCGGACAGUAAACACUUGUACACACCCCAUAGAAGCCCGACCCCUCUGCCGUGGGACUUUAGAAAUGUUCUCGAUCCCAGAGUACGAGGAAUACUUGGGCAGUUUCAUUCGACAGAUUCUUUGUUGUGCAACGAAAAUAAGGAUGACGAUGUGAGCAACAUUGAAGGCUGCUUCGACGUUCAAUGCAAUCAGGUCUUCAUCGGCAUGGUCACGAUGCAAUAUCAGGCACAAUUUUCUAAUUCGUGUUAGAGAGAACAAACUGCCAAGAGCUUGAAUGUAAGAUGUAUACGUGUAUAUUGCAGGAGACAGCAAUGGCUGGAGAGAUAUCCGCAUAUGCCACCGUCCGAGAGUCCAGUGGGUUGGUGGGUGAGCCAGGCGGCAGCCAUGUCCUCACCCACUCCUUCACCCACGGCCCAAUCUCAUCAGCCUAAUUACUCCUGCAUGGACGAGGCCAGCCACUUGCUUAAUCGUGUCUUACCUCGCACCAACCUGAACAACAGCCGAGCGAUGAGUUUGUCGGCACCGAGUGCCAUUAAUACAGAUUUCACGACAGUGAAGUUCGACGAUGAGACCACCGAAUGGAACAACACAGGGACUUCGCAGGCCAAGAGCGCUAUGAGCCACAGGGAACAGGAUACGAUGAGAAGCGAGGAUAGUGUCCUGGUGCAGAGCGUCGAUCUGGGUUCGGGUCAGGAGGCCUGGAGGUCCUUGAGCUGCCUCACCGAUAGCACCGAACAAAGCGCGCCGGUCAAUUUCGAUCUGUCCAACAGAGCGAAACUACCGAGAGGCAUAGACAAGAUACGUCCACACAUAGAACUAAUCGAUAACGUGCCGCUGCUCGUGUCUCUAUUCACCGACUGCAACACCACGGUGACACGCGAGAUGCUGCACAUCAUGCAGGAUUAUGGCGAGGUGGUAUGCGUGCUCGGUUCAUCCGCCAACGCCGAGAACAUGCCGAUCUUCAUGCAGGCUGACGCCGGAGUGGCGGUGGAGCCGUUGUAUCCUCAAGUAUGUCAGAAAGUGUCCGUGUUGAUGCCCACCACGGAGGACCAAGGAAUCUCUCCCGUCGACCUCAGUAGAGCGCUCAAUUCCGUUGCGUGCUCGUUGAGCGUGAAGCGAGAGGAUCCCGUAGCGAUUUUCCAUCUCAUUAUGGAGGCUCGUCAUUACAUGAAGAAUCUAUGGAACUGCAUGCAAUUCUGGCUAUGCUGCUCGGUCACGCUUGCCUUCACGCAAACAUUAUCGGCUUUCUUGCUACUGCCGCCACUGUUCUCCAUCGAUCAGAUACUCUGGUUGUGCUGCUUGAUCAUCCCCGUGCUGUCGACGUCCAUGAUCGCCACGCCGAUAGAUUCGACGAUAAUGCAACGCGCUACCGGGAAGAAUCAGUGCAUAGUCAAUGGAGAGAUCACGCUAUUCGUGUUGUGGUGCUAUGGCAGCAAGUUUCUACCGACGAUGAUCACGGUGAUCCUGUCGCAGUGCGUCUCCUUUCUGUCCCUCUGCCCCAUCUAUAUGCCGCAGAAUUCCAAGUGCCUGUAUAUAUAUCCGGAUCCGCGGGACCAGAUUUGGAACGGCUGGGGCAGCAAACCCAUCGUCAUCCUUGUCGUGCAACAUUUCGCCCUGACCCUUAUAGUUCUGCACUUUGUUACGAUAUCUGUCAGCUUUGUGCAUAGGGAAUACUCUAUAUGGAGGAAAAAUCCUAUGAAUAAUUGCACUUGGUUUCUCAGUGUGCUUAUUGUAUUAUGUGUGCAAGCGGCGUUCUCUGGCGUAGUGUUCCGCAGAUUUUGGCGAGAAGAAGGCAAAAAGAUCGAGAACUUUCCAAUAUACAUGCCAUUGUUCUUUUUACUCUCUAUUCCACUGACAUUCGCGAUUAACGAGUUAAUCAAGUGGCAAGAGAUCAAAGUCAAUGUUAGAUACCAGAAAAGAGCACGUCUAGAAUUUGGCACAAAGCUGGGAAUGAAUUCGCCAUUUUAGUUCAGUUUGCGGCAUCGUUUGUCUUCAUCACAAAUGUGUUUAAAAAAAGAAAUACGGGUAUAAUAUUAAGUGUAUUAUAAUUUGAUUAUUACCAUAAUUUGAACAGACUGUUUAAGGAUCAAGCGCAGAUAAAAAAAUAAUUCCUAUUUUCUCCUAUAAAUAUUAUAAAUAUAUAUUAUGAUUUAUAGAAUUUCAGCGUCACAUAUAUUUAAAGUAUUUGUACAGGAAUUAUAAGCACUUUCAUCUGUAGUUGUUUCUUAUUAGCCUGUUCAAGUCAUCUUGAAGAGAUAUUUGCUGCAGAGCUAUUAAUAUAUAGGAAUAAUUACAAAUAUUAUACAGAUGUUAUACUUCAGUUGUUGCAAGCUCUAAGGAUUUAGAACGGUUUUGACAGAGAGAUUCAUGUACUUAAUUAAUGUCAAAUAUUGCCAAACGAUAGAUAGGAAUAGAGCAUUGGUAUUUUUCUAAAACGACGUGCAUAUUUAUAAUUUAUGAUUGACGGAGUCAUCAAUUAUGAGCUUAAACGGGCAUUGUGCAGAAUUUCUUUCACGCGAUAUACAUUGCGGAAUAGAGUUUCUAUUAUAUUUUGUAAGAUUGCUUGAUAAAGUAAUUUCUAUGACGCCGAGUUUCUUUAUACAAGCCGUAAUAAUCAUUGGAGCGCAUGACUUUUCUCGUGAUUAUAUCAUAAUUUUAGAUGCCCAUACAUAGGUAUCAUUAAUCCCUGAAUUUCGUUUUUCCCUAAAUAAUCGUUUAAAAAAACGAUUUUAUAAUUUAUGUAGCGAAAAAUCUCAAAAUAAUUAUUGAAAGAUUUAUUUCAGAGAUUUUUUCAAAAUCCGUAGCAACGCGAGAGUACCUGAUGAAUCUGAUGAAUCUUGUAUUUGAUGAUCUUAAUGCUAUGUAGACUAACUUGUACAUAAAUGUUCCUAUUGUGAUAGUAACUUAUUUGUGUUUAGAGAUUGUACUUAUUUGUGAUUAGGAAAUUUUAGCAAAUUAAAUGUACUCGGCGAGAGAUUGUGACUGCAAGUCCUAUCAAGAAAUUCGAAUUUUAAAUGAAAGUCUCGCUGGUACGAGGUUCUUUGAUUGUGAAAUAAUCAGAUAUUUUGAUCGUACAAACUUUUGUCGACUACCACAAGUGAUAAAAUGCGAUGUAAUUGUCGAGAUUUUGUUUUUUAAACAGAAAUACAUUCAAACCUCUGUAUUCUUAGCAAACUU